AUGUGCGCCUUCUAUUUGCAAUUGCAGAGCAAUAUAUUCGGCGGUCUGGACGAGAGCCUGCUGGCCCGCGCCGAAGCCCUGGCAGCGGUGGACAUCGUCUCCCCGAGCAAGAGCCACCACCACCACCACCACCCGCCGCACCACAGCCCCUUCAAGCCGGACGCCACCUACCACACCAUGAACACCAUCCCUUGCACCUCCGCCGCCGCCUCCUCUUCCUCGGUGCCCAUCUCCCACCCGUCCGCCCUGUCGGGCACCCACCACCACCACCAUCACCAUCACCACCAUCACCACCAGCCCCACCAAGCGCUGGAAGGGGAACUCUUGGAGCACCUGACGCCGGGGUUGGCUCUGGGGGCCAUGGCCGCCCCCGACGGCGCCGUGGUCUCCACGCCGGGCCACGCUCCCCACAUGGCCGGCAUGAACCCCAUGCACCCGGCGGCGCUGGGCAUGGCCCACGCCCACGGGCUACCGGCCCACAUGGGCUGCAUGAGCGACGUGGACGCCGACCCCCGCGAUUUGGAGGCCUUCGCCGAGCGUUUCAAGCAACGUCGCAUCAAGCUGGGGGUGACCCAGGCCGACGUGGGCUCGGCUCUGGCCAACCUGAAGAUCCCCGGGGUGGGUUCCCUCAGCCAGAGCACCAUCUGCCGCUUCGAGUCCCUCACCCUCUCCCACAACAACAUGAUCGCCCUCAAGCCCAUCCUGCAGGCCUGGCUGGAGGAGGCCGAGAAGUCCCACCGCGAGAAGCUGGCCAAACCCGAGCUCUUCAGCGGCGCGGAGAAGAAACGCAAGAGGACCUCCAUCGCCGCCCCGGAGAAGCGUUCUUUGGAGGCCUACUUCGCCCUCCAGCCUCGACCUUCCUCCGAGAAGAUCGCUGCCAUCGCCGAGAAGCUGGACCUCAAGAAGAACGUGGUCCGCGUCUGGUUCUGCAACCAGCGCCAGAAGCAGAAGCGCAUGAAGUACUCGGCCGGCAUCUGAGCCGGCGGCGCGGGGCGGGGGGGGAAGGAAGCGGCGGCAUCAG